UUGGUUUUUUGACAGAUUGACAGAUCAUUCAUCGUGUGUUGAAAAAAAAGAUGUGUGCGCGUCAUUGCAGUGCGUUUUAUUGCAAGAAAUAUUCCGAUUCGUACGAACAAAUUUAAAGUUUUCUGUACCAAUCAUUAUUGCGCUUUAAUUCUUGUCCACCUUUUACACUAUGUCGGAUCUAAUUCGCCAAAAUCUAUCAGACGUUCGGCCGAGCUUAGAAAAAGUUGUUUACAAGGUACUCGGCACUUCGGAUGGUACAGUACUUGCUCAUAUAGAAUCUAAUCUGUGUAAUGGAUUUGAUCGACGCAAGCUGAGCGAAGACUUAUCGUUCGUUGUUGACGAACGUAGAGCAUUGCGAAUUUGCGAUAAAAUAGAAGAUUUGGUUGAUAAUUUAAGGAUCAAGGAGCAGCAUGGAGGUCUUCCCAUUCCGCACGAUAGCGAGCUAUCAACAAAUGAUUGCAAAAAACGCCCGCUUGACCAAACGGCGCUUGAUCCCCAUCAGUCUCAUCGAGCAAAAAUAACCAAGCAUGGGAAUGAAAUCAGCAGCGUCGCCGUCAACUCAUCUAACAUCGGUGAGAUCAGCAUUAGUAACAAGAGCGAUACUUUAGCUGGAAACAAUUUUUCUGCCAUUCAUAUAAAACAAAUGAUGGAAAACGCACAGAGAGAAAUCGAAGAGCGUAAACGAAAGCUAGAAAAUAUGAAGUUAAAUAAGCACCCAAACAUACCGGCCACAGCUGUUGCCGCUGCAAUGACCGUAAAUGCGAAAAUUUUUUCUGCAGCUGCCAAAGCUAUUGAUGAGGAUUCAAAUAAUUCGGGAAAUGUUCAAACUGAAAAUAAGUCGGUUAUUUCAGAUAUCGAACGGUCGAAGAAAAUUGCUAAACUUCAAGAACAAAUUCGUGCGAAGCUUUCUGGCACAUUGGCAAAUGUUCUGCCACAACAACAGCCUCCAGUUGAUAAACCCAAACCGCUGAUUCUGGAUGCUGAGGGGCGUACUGUGGAUGGUAGCGGUCGUACUAUUGUUGUACCGCAACUUACACCCACUCUGAAGGCUAAUAUUCGAGCAAAAAAACGGGAAACAUCAAGAAAUCUACAAGCUUCAGAACGCAUAGCUGUGGACGAUUCGAAUGAAACACAAUUUCACGAUGAUCGCAUUGUACUUAAACCUGCUCUGCGAAUUAAGCGCUCGUUGCGUUUUCAUGAACCAGGCAAAUUUCAACUGCUCGCAGAAAGGUUGCGGAUGAAGGCUCAACUUGAAAAGUUACAGAACGAAAUUUCGCAAAUAGCACGAAAAACUGGCAUUAGCUCUGCUACGAAGCUUGCGUUAAUUGCACCAAAAUCCGAUACACAUAUUAGCGAUGUACCCCAAAUGGAGUGGUGGGAUUCUGUUAUACUGAUGGAUGAUUUCAACGCACUAGAUGCACAGGGAAAUAUUUCUAUCAGAGAGUCAUCUAUUACUAAUCUUAUUGAACACCCUACGCAAAUGCGACCCCCAAAUGAAUCAUCGCGGGGUGUCUAUCUUCCAGUAUUUCUUACCAAAAAGGAAAGACGUAAGCUACGACGCCAAAACCGUCGUGAGGCAUGGAAAGAAGAACAGGAAAAAAUACGCCUAGGGUUAGAAGCACCGCCGGAACCGAAACUAAGAAUUUCUAAUUUAAUGCGCGUAUUGGGGACAGAAGCCGUGCAAGACCCAACAAAAAUAGAAGCGCAUGUACGUGAACAGAUGGUAAAGCGACAAAAAAUACACGAAGAAGCAAAUGCAGCGCGUAAAUUGACAGACGAUCAACGUCGUGAAAAAAAAAUUCGUAAAAUGAAGGAAGAUACUACGUUGGGAGUUAGUGUUGCUGUGUAUCGUAUUCGAGACCUGCAAGAACAACAAAGCAAAAAGUUUAAGGUGGAAACAAAUGCGAAACAACUAUUCUUAACGGGUGCUUGUGUUCUCUUUCGCGAUUGUUGUGUAGUGGUGGUGGAAGGAGGGCCAAAGCAACAAAAAAAAUAUAGAAGACUCAUGCUCCAUCGUAUAAAAUGGGAAGAAGAUUUAGUUAAAAAUGCUGAUGGUAAAGAGAUUCCUAAUUCAUGCGUGCUUGUUUGGGAAGGAAUGAAUCAACGCAGAAACUUCGGAGAAUUUAAGUAUAAAUCUUUCCCCUUGGAAAAAAGUGCAAGAGAUUUUUUUCAAAAACAUCAUGUUGAGCAUUAUUGGGAUUUGGCAUACUCUGGGGCUGUUUUAGAAGCAUCGGAGGAUGCAUGACGAGGUUAAAGAAAAAGUAAGGGAACCACAUUGUAAAGAGUAAUGCUUUGCUAAUAGUGUACCAGUCGGGUAUGUCUUCUCAUCGCAUAUUGAAUUUAAUAAAUAAGUUGAAAAUAAACGAAUUCGUUGCCCCUUGUUUGAAUCUGAAAUAGAUAACAUAAAAAGAUCCAUGUCGGUUCACAUUUUGGCAAUCAAGUGAGGUUGCGGAGGAGCGGAGAGGCGAUUCUAGAACCGCAAGGAAAAUAAAGGUUAAGAAAAAAACUGACCGACGAAGUUAAGGAUUUUUAGGCUAAAUAUUCGAGUAUUGAGAUUAAUAAAGGUGUUAUUUGCCAAAAACCGA